AUGCAUCCGGGAUUGUUCCUCGUUACAACAACACACCACACACAGAACCAAAGACAAUACGACGAGAGACAAUACGACGAGAGACACGACGACGAGAGGCAAUAUGACGAGAGACAAUACAACGAGAGACACGACGACGAGAGACACAUCGGCGAGAGACACAACGACGAGAGACACAUCGACGAGAGACACGGCGACGAGAAACACAACGACGAGAGACACAGCGACGAGAAACACAGCGACGAGAGACACAGCGACGAGAGACACAGCGACGAGAAACACAGCGACGAGAGACACAGCGACGAGAAACACAGCGACGAGAAACACAGCGACGAGAGACACAGCGACGAGAGACAAUACGACGAGAGACAAUACCACGAGAGACAAUACCACGAGAGACAAUACGACGUGAGACACAACGACGAGAAACAAUACGACGAGAGACAAUACGACGAGAGACACAGCGACGAGAGACACAGUUGCGGAGACACAAAGACGAGAAACACAACGACGAGAUGCACAGCUGCGAGAGGCACAUCGACGAGAGACACAGUGGCGGGAGACACAUCGACGAGAGACACAGUGGUGAGAGACACAUCGACGAGAGACACAGUGGCGGGAGAUACAUCGACGAGAGACACAGUGGCGGGAGUCACAUCGACGAGAGACACAGUGGCAAGGGACACAUCGACGAGAGACACAGUGGCGAGAGACACAUCGACGAGAGACACAGUGGCGGAGACAAUACGACGAGAGACACAACGACGAAAAAUACAACGACGAGAGACACAUCGACGAGAGACACAGUGGCGGAGACAAUACGACGAGAAACACCGCGACGAGCGACUCAACGACGAGAAACAUAACGACGAGAGACACAUCGACGAGGGACACAGUGGCGGGAGACACAUCGACGAGCGACACAGUGGCGGAGACACAUCGACGAGAGACACAUCGACUUAA